GUGUUGUUCUCCUCCUCCUCCUUCUAGAUCUUCACCUUAUUCCUUGUAAUCCAUGGUUGUAGUUCGAAUUAGUUGAUAUUGAGAGCAAUUACUAGUGGGCUCUCUCUUACAAGUGGUGUCAAACUUUUUCCCCACCACCAAAAAGCCAUGGAUUCACUCUCGGAAGAGUCCAAGCUUCUCUACCACAUGAUCAUGUCCGAGACGGAUGAGAUCUACGAGGCCAAGUUCGCCUCCUACCGUGCUCGCGCCUUAGCAGCAGCGGCGACGGCUACAUCAAAGACUCGCUCGACUACCACCCUUGGCGCCUCCCGCGAGUACUGCCAUGCCAUGAGCAAGCAAGUACGUGCGACCUCCUCUCCGACCUCUGCGCAAGCCAUCUCCACCAUCAGAUCGACUGCGGCCUCGACAUGCACGGCGGCUCACACACGCGUUCCCGCAGCGGCGUCGUUGGAUUCUUCGCCGCCCACUACCUGCUCGGCGGAAUGCCCAGGCCACGACGCCUCUGUAUAUGCAGCAGCAGCAGUUGCACUCAUCCCGUCCACAGCACCCAACUCGUUUGCAACCACUGGCGACCUUGUCCUCGAGGUUGCUGCAUCUGUGAGCCCAGAUGGAGACAUCAUCGACUGCAUGCACAUCUCACACCAACCGGCCUUCGAUCAUCCUCUUCUCAAGAACCACACUCUCCAGUUGAGACCGGCCUACCACCCAGAAGGCUUGUAUGAUGAUGCUAAGAGCAGCCUGGCCUCCGACAACGGUGACAAGAAGCCGAUGCUCCAGCUGUGGCAUCAGAACGGCAGGUGCAAGGAGGGCACUGUCCCAAUCAGGAGAACUAAGAAGGAGGACCUAUUCCGAGUGAGCUCCAUGCGGCGGUACGGCAGGAAACAGCAUCCCGCCCCGAACCCGAUGUCCGUUGAUCUUACGAUGCUCAACGAGGGUGGCCACCAACACGCAAUAGCGUACGUCGAGGGGGACAAGUACUAUGGUGCAAAAGCCACCAUUAAUGUGUGGGAGCCCAAAAUCCAGCAGCCUAACGAGUUCAGUCUAUCCCAGCUAUGGAUCUUGGGGGGAUCAUUCGGGGCGGACCUCAACAGCAUCGAGGCCGGGUGGCAGGUUAGCCCUGACCUCUAUGGAGACAACAACACUAGGCUGUUCACAUACUGGACCAGUGAUGCAUACCAAGCAACUGGGUGCUACAACAUAUUGUGUUCAGGGUUCAUUCAGGUCAACAGCGAGAUUGCCAUGGGGGCGAGCAUCUUCCCGAUCUCCAACCUUGCUGGCUCACAGUAUGGUAUCAGUAUACUAAUCUGGAAGGACCCAAAGGAAGGGAACUGGUGGAUGCAGUUUGGCAAGGAAUAUGUCCUCGGCUACUGGCCAUCCUUCCUCUUCUCAUACCUUGCUGACAGCGCGUCGAUGAUCGAGUGGGGCGGGGAGGUGGUAAACUUGGAGCCCGAUGGCGCGCACACCUCGACACAGAUGGGCAGCGGGCGGUUCCCCGAGGAAGGGUUCGGCAAGUCAAGCUACUUCAAGAACAUCCAGGUGGUGGACAGCACAAACCAGCUCAAGGCACCCAAGGGAGUGGGCACGUUCACCGAGCAGUCCAACUGCUACGACGUGCAGAACGGCAACAAUGGCGACUGGGGCACCUACUUCUACUACGGCGGCCCAGGGAAGAACUCCAAUUGCCCGUGACAAGUGAAAUGCUGCCACUCUCAGCAGAUGUAACCAACCAUUCAUGCGUGUGAUAUAGCUUGUGCAUCUCCUUUAGCCCUAGCAAGGUAGUGUGUUACAUGUGUUUGCUGUCCUAGUGCUCUCAUUCUUUCCCCUCUCUCUUUCUAUUAUGUGCCAUGUAAAGUUUCUGAAGAGAAGCAUGGUGUGAGGUGGUGAAUCUGAAA